UAAAUUCGAACUUGGCGGGAGUUGAAGUGUUAGAUUUGGAGGACUCUCGCGCUAUCAGCCUAUCCGACAACGACACAACAAAUGGAAGUUUUCAGGCUUGUGAAGAAAGCGUUUCAUGCGAUGAAAAGAGUGUGCUUCAAAAUGUCGUUAAACGUUUGGAUUCAUUAACGCACCAAUUCGAAAACCACCGAACUGAGACGUUUGUUGUUCUAAACGAACUUGUUAAUAUAUAUGAAAAUCAAAAAAGUCCGACGGCAACUGAAAAUCUUACCAAGGAAAAUAGAUUAUUGAAAGAAGAAAACAAGGCUCUUCAAACAGAGCUAACAAAAUGUAAAGAUACUUUAACCGAACUAAAUACAAAGCUGACGGAUAAUGAAAGUAAGAAAUCAAGCCUCUUAACUGUUAUUAGGUUGCUGAAUGAAGAGCAAGCCACUGUAAUCUGUUCAAAUAAGAAUGAAUCGAGUCAAGCGCAACAAACACGGAGCUCAUGGCGAAUGGCUGGCCGCUAAACCACAAGUCAAAGUGUUGGUCACCAUAUAAAUUUGAGCAAUAAGUACUCUACCUUGCAAAUUGAAGACGACGAUGAGGCAGUAAUGAGCGGUGAAGCUGGAAAUAAUCAAACCUUAGUUUCCAAGAAGACUCCAACUAUAGACCACGAAAAGAAAAGACGAUUGAAAAACACCCUAAGAAAUACCCAAGACACAAAGCAAAAUUCCUUACCAAUCUGUAACCAACGUAAUACUAUCCAACCGAAGAAACAACAAUGUGAUGUAGCUUUGUUGGGUGACUUCAUGAUUAAGCAUGUUGAUGUCCGAAAUCUUCGUCAUGGCACAAACAAACAGGUAACUGUUCGUACUUUUUCUGGGUGUAGAACCGACGAAAUGGCUCACUAUAUAAAGCCGACACUUGCUUUAAAACCGAAGCAAGUUAUUAUUCUUGUUGGGACGAACGAUCUCAAAACGAAAUCACCGGCUGAAAUUAUUUACAACUUAAACUAG